GAAACGGCUCAACAACACAGGGCCUCCAGAGGCCGGCAGGCAGGCGUGCAGGAUCCAGACCGACCCCGACCCACCAGCUCCCCCCAUCCCUGCAGUGGUACCCUCCGCCUCGCUGGAGAAACGGCUGGGACUAUGGACAGCCAGGUGCACUUUCACUCUCAGGUAGCAGGGAUCAUGAAGAGAGAGAGGGUCAGAGGGAAUCGGAUGAGAGAGGGCCUCUGAUUGACCACCGAGUCGUUGCUGCGUCCAGGAUUGUCGGGAGAAAGACAGACGGACAGACAGACGCGGCCUGAAAGGAAAGGAUGGCUCGGAGCGUAAACUUCGAUUACAGCGAGCAUCACAUGGAGGCAGCACUGGAGAGUCCGAUGGAUGAGGAGGUGGUGCACAGCUCCUUCAGCCGGCUGAUCGAGGAGCAGAGCCACAGUCUGGUGGAGGAGGACGGGGGUGUGGAGAUGGAGGACCUGGCAGACGAGGGGCGAGAUCACCUGACACGCCUGGUCCAGCCGGAGUGGGCGUGGCGCGGACAGCAGGGGGCGCUGGAGCCCGAGGACAGCGGGCAGACUGACCCGCUCAUCGAGGAGCGCUGGUCCUCUGACACACUGCGAGUACUGUCCUGCAUGCCCAGCCGCACCAUCGGGCGGAGUCGGGGGGCCAUCAUCUCUCAGUACUAUAACCGCACCAUGCAGCUGCGCCGGCGCCGGCAGACCCGCCCCUCCAUCCGGGACUUCUCCCGCUCCGCCCGCCCCAGUAUCCGUGGUUUUGGCAUAGAGGCAGACUGUGGAGGAGAGGAGAGUAAGAGGGACCAGCUGGUGAACAACCUGCAGAACCUGUCCAUCAGCGACCGCGUGCGCAUGCUACGAGGAAUGCCCCUCAGUGUGGCCGAGAAGAGUGAGCUCAGGAAGCGGGCGUGUAACCUGAAGGAGAGGGCCGCCUCGUCCAGCGGCAGGAUGCCCUGCUGCAGCCGCCUCAAGUAUUACAUCAUCAUUGCUGUGCGACAGAGCUGGUACAGCUGGCUCUCCUUCCUGCACUCCCUGCAGCUGUGGCAGGUGGCGCUAAAGAGGGUGAGCGGCCGCUUCGGCACCGGCGUGCUCUCCUACUUCCUCUUCCUCAAGACGCUCCUGCUCUUCAACGUCUUCCUCCUCCUCCUCAACGGGGUCUUCCUGGUCAUCCCGCAAGCGGUGCACCCCCCUCCCUGCCCCCCCGACGCUGCCCACUUCACUGGCCUGGAGCUGCUCACAGGGGCGGGAGUCUUCACUAACUCGGUGAUGUACUACGGCUACUACACCAACUCCGUUCUGAGCUUCAGGUGCAACCUGACCCAUGAUGCAAUGGGGCCCACCAACCAGUCGGACUGCGGGCCCGAGGGACCCGGCCGCCAGCUGUCCUACAACAUGCCCCUGGCCUACUUCUUCACCAUCGGACUGGCCUUCUUCAUCACCUGCAUCAUCCUGGUGUACAGCAUGUCCAAGUCGUUUGGGAAGAGCUUCCGCAUAAACAAGUCCCAGGGCUACCUAGCAGUGAAGGUCUUCUCCUCCUGGGACUUCAAACUCAUCAAGAAGACCUCUGUGAAGCUGCAGUCAGAGAACAUCUGUACCCAGCUAAAGGAGCUGCUGUCGGAGGUGAGCCGCAGGGAGGAGAAGAAGAGUGUGCUGCAGAGGCUGGCGCGUUUGGCGGUGCAUGCGCUGGCGUGGGUCAUGUGCUUGGGCAGCACGCUGGCAUGCGCCCUCGCGGUCUACUACUUCUCCGAGUACAUGCACCGGGACCUCGAGGCUCGUGCCCGCUCCGCUCUGAAGAGGCCCCAGGUGCAGGAGGCCAGCCUGCUGGCCCUGCCUGUGGUGGUGUCCAGCAUCAACCUGCUGCUGCCCGGCUUCUUCAACACCGUCGCCUGGAUGGAGGAGUACGACUCACCCAGCGUGCGAACGUACGUCGCCAUCUUCAGGAAUCUGCUGUUGAAAGUGAGUGUGCUGGCAGUGCUGUGCUUUCAUUGGCUGGGGAGAAUCGCAGCCAAUCCAGCGAUCCUGGGCCUGGAGUGCUGGGAGAGCUUCGUGGGCCAGGAGCUGUACCGCUUCCUGCUCAUGGACUUCAUCUUCACCGUGCUGGACACGUUCUUCGGGGAGUUCCUGUGGAAGUUGUUCUCUCAGAAGGUGCUGAAGAGGAAGAGGAAGCCGGUGUUUGACAUCGCUCGCAACGUGCUGGAGCUGAUCUAUGGGCAGACACUGGCCUGGUUGGGUGUCCUGUUUUCUCCAGUACUUCCUGCAGUACAGAUUAUUAAAUUGCUUCUCCUGUUUUACAUGAAAAAGGCCAGUCUGAUGAUGAACUGCCAGGCUCCUCGGAAGCCCUGGAGAGCCAGUCAGAUGAGCACAGUCUUCAUCACCCUGCUCUGCUUCCCCUCCUUCCUGGGGGCCGCCGUGUCCGUCACCUACACCAUGUGGACGAUCCCUCCCUCGGGGAAGUGCGGGCCCUUCAGGGGCCUCUCCACCAUGUUCCAGUCAGGGAAGCUGUGGGUGCGGGACCUGCAGACAGCCAACCCCAACCUGGCGUGGCUGGGCUGGGUGCACAGCUACGUGCUGGAGAACCCCGUCUUCCUUUUCAUCCCUGCGGGAAUCUUCCUAAUGGUGAUAUACUUCCACACCCAGGUCGUAGACGGCCAGAGGAAGAUAAUCAGCCUUUUACAGGAGCAGAUCGAAAAUGAGGGGGAGGACAAGAAGUUCCUGAUCACCAAACUGCAGGCCAUUCAUGAGCUGAGGCGGCCCUUCUCACGCACAGGAAGGCACAGAACCAGCGAGGACUCCGCUUGUUAAGGUUAACUGAGUAUUAACCCGCAGCCAAAGUAAAGACAUCUCACCACUCUGCCUGACACUGGGAAAAGGCUGGACCUCAAGCAUGCAGAAAAACUGGCCCUCCCAGGUCUACCCGAGCGAAAUGGAGGCUGACGAGGGAAGACGCAAGCAAGGGAGGGGCCGCUGAGGAGUUCGUGCUCAGGACGUACAUUUUCACUUUUUUUUUUUUUUUUUUUUUUAAAGAUGAUCAGGACUGGCACAGCAGUGAUGGCAAAACUGCAAUGGAACAUCAUGACAUCCUGGUUAUGAAUAAAAUGAUUUUAACAUGCAGACGGGUAACGGACAUGUCAUUGGGGCAGACUAGUAACUCCAGAUCUGGACUGUAUGGACAUGUUUCUUCUUUCUUAGCCAUUCGUAAUUUCUCUGCUUG